AUGCUUUUAUAUAACUUUGUACAAAUUGGAUGUAUUCAAAUAAGUCCUUGUGCAAAAUGGGAUAGGGAAGGAAUUACUCUAUUAGGAACAGGUAUAGCUGGUAAUUCUUCGAAAGAAUUAAAUGAACCAGUAGGUAUAUCUUUUUAUGAACCAACAAAUUCAUUGUAUAUUGCUGAUUAUAAAAAUGCACGAAUUCAAAUGAUAUUACUUAAUGAAUCAUCUGGAAAUGCUGUUACUGUAGUGACACAUUUAUUUUUUCCUCGACAUAUUUAUGUUGAUAAUGAUAAUGAUCAACCAACAAUUUAUGUAACACUUUCCGCUCAAAAUCGUGUUGAAAAAUGGAUAAGUAGAGCAUCGAAAGGUUUACAAAUAGGUAAUGAAUGUCAGAAAUGUGUUGGUAUAGCACUUGAUAAAGAUAAAAAUGUUUACAUCUGUGAUACAACCAGAGAACAAAUACUUAAAUGGUCACCAUAUACUAAUGAAACAACAAUAAGAGCCGGUGUAACAGAUCAUGAUGGUAAAGAUCCUAAUCUUCUUAGUACUCCACAAGGCAUCUAUGUCACUAAAACGGGUGACGAUAUUUAUAUAGCAGAUACUGGAAAUUCACGUAUUCAAAGAUGGUCAAAAGAUGCUGUACAAGGUAUGACUGUCGCUGGAUCAAGUGCUGGUAUUGCUGGUAAUGAUUCUGCUUCUUUACGUAAUCCAAUUGGUGUAUUUGUUGAUGAAACAACAAAUGUUAUCUAUAUUGCUGAUACAUAUAAUAAUCAGAUAAAGCGUUGGUUACCAAAUGCAAUUCAUGGUGAUGUCAUUGCUGGAAUUGGUGGACAAGGUGUUGGUCCAGAUGAAUUGAAUGUACCAACUGAUUUAACAUUUGAUAAUAAUGGCAAUCUUCUUGUUAGUGACUUUAAAAACAAUCGUAUUCAAUUAUUUCGAUUGAUAGAUAAUAAGUUAUGUUCAGCAUCAGACCGAAAUAUUAUACACAGGAUGAUUUUAAGUUUAUUAACUCUUUGGAUUAUUGUAAAAUUCAUGUAG